CCCCGCUGACAAUGGCUUCUCUUGUUGAGUGCCAUGGUGGCGUGGUGUGCCUGAAUUCCCUCAGUGAAUGAACUGCUUCCCUGCUCCCUGUUGAAUUCCUGGAGUGACCUCUGGGGGGGUCCCAGCCCACGGCAGGGGGUCAAGGACAACUUGGGGGUCAAGGUAACUUCCCACACACCCCCACCCCCUCCACCUGUUGGGGAGCCCCAUUUUCCCACGUCCCUCCACUGUCGUUUGAGGGACAUCUCCCUCAACACCCAAAUCUCUCCCGUAGGACCCAAAUACCCUCCGUGCCCCAAAUCUUUCCCUUCAGACCACAUUCCUCCCUUUAGGAUUCCAAUCCCUUGCCUCCAAUCCCAAACCACUCUCCUCAGACUCAAAUCUCCCCCCUUCAGACCUAAGGGGAGUCCCCUCCAUCCCCCUAAUCCCAACCUCCCAAUUCCCCUUAAACUCCAGCUCACCCUUUAGCCUCAACUCUCCCACUCCACUCUUUGCCUUCACUUCAAAUCCUCCUCCCUUCCCUCCUCCCGAGCCGUUUUCCCUCUGGGAGCCUCCGCUGCGGUUCUUUCCCUCCCUUCUGCAUCCCGCGGGGCGAUGGGCGGCGGGGCUCGGCAGCUGGCCGGGUACCUGGCGGCUGUGGCCGGCUGGCUGGCAGCGCUGGCCGCGGCCGUGCUGCCGCACUGGAGGCAGAGCUCGUAUGCCGGAGACGCCAUCAUCACCGCCGUGGGGCUCCACGAGGGGCUGUGGAUGAGCUGCGCUGCCCAGAGCACCGGGCAGGUCCAGUGCCGCCUGCACGACUCGCUGCUCUCUCUCGAAGUUCACAUCCAGACAUCCCGGGCUCUCAUGGUCAUUUCUCUGCUCCUGGGCUUCUUUGGCAUCAUCGUGAGUGUGGUGGGCAUGAAAUGCACCAAAGUUGGGGAGGAGGAUCCUGUCACCAAGAGCCGCAUUGCUGUUGCUGGAGGUGUCCUCUUCGUUCUCUCUGGUCUGUGCACGCUGGCUGCCGUGUCGCUGUACGCAACGCAGGUGACCCAUGAGUUCUUCAGAGAGAGCAUCGUCCCCAUCAAUGCGAGGUACGAGUUUGGCUCUGCUCUCUUCGUGGGCUGGGGGGCCUCCAGCCUCUCCAUGCUGGGCGGGUCCCUCCUGUGCUGCUCCUGCCCUGCCCAGGAGCGCCGAGGCCAGCAGUACCAGCGGCAAUCCCAGCCCUCCACAGCCCGGGAGUUUCAGCACCAUUUUCAGUGCCAGCCUCUACAACAGAGCUUUUAAGUGUCACACCUCCCGUAUCCAUCACUGCCAUGCUCUCCUCAGCCGGAGUUAUGGCCAUGUCUGUCUGUCUGUCUGUCUGUCACAGGGAUGCUGGGCUCCACAGGGGCACAGAGCCAAUCCCACUGGGUGUCCUGCACCCAGUCCCAAUCCUGUUUUGGAGGAACCCAGAGCUUGGUUUUCCUGGGAUGAGCUUUUCGCUUCUAACAGCACCAGCUCCCCUCGGGGUUGAAGCAUCCCCACACCUCUGCUCUUGGCAGAGGGAUGUUUUCAGGGUGCAGCAUUCCCCUGCCUCACUGCUACUGAAAAGCAACACUUUUUAAAUUAUUAUUAAUUAUUAUCGAUUCCUGCCUGGAGGCCUGUUGCUCCAGCUGAGCUCUGCCAGCCCAAACCUGCCUUGGGCUCAUUGCUGUCCUUGGCUGUGCCUUGUUAAACAAGAAUAAAUGGGUUUGGGCAAAUUAAAGCAGCAAAAAGAGGCUCUGAACACAAAGGAUUUGUUUUUAGUUUUGGUGCCCAACACAACUAUUUUGAGUGGCAGAUGGACAGAGCCCUGAAUUUUGGUGCCUCCCUGCUGGGUCCAAAUCCCUCUUCCCCACCAGGAUCACCUAGUGAAGGUUCCAAACACAACCUGCUAAUUGCCUCCACCUCUUUGUACCUCUAAUCUUCUGCUAAUAAUUGUUUUGCAACUUCCAAAGCUCCAAUUUCAUCUGUAAAUCCUCCAAACUCCCUGUACUCCAUCCCUCCAGCUCUGCUGCAGGUGUUGUGCCAGCCAGCCCACAGGGAAGGACACUGGAAAUUAUCCAAACAGCUUCACUAUCUAAUUUUUUUUAUUAUUAUUUUAUUUUUAAACCCAAAUAUGAAGAGAGAUUAUUUUUAAUUUUUUUAUUAUAUUUUAUUUUAUUUUAUUUUAUUUUAUUUUAUUUUAUUUUAUUUUAUUUUAUUUUAUUUUAUUUUAUUUUAUUUUAUUUUAUUUUAUUUUAUUUUAUUUUAUUUUAUUUUAUUUUAUUUUAUUUUACUUCAUUUUUAUUUUAUUUCAUUUUAUUUCAUUUUACUUCAUUUUGUUUUACUUCAUUUUAUUUUCUAUUCCUCUGCUUUAUUUUACUCUCUUUUUCUCCAUUUUAUUUUCUUUUCCUGUAUUUUAUUUCCUUCCCCUCUAUUUGAUGUUAUUCCCAUGCCCAGAUCUGAGUCCCUGGCUGUGCUGGAGGAGAAGGAAUGUUAUUUUUUCCCUGGGGGGGAGGGUGAUUUCUCUCUUUCUCCCUGGCAUUAAUUGCCUUUUUCUCUUUUAAAUUGCAGCCCCCCUGUAAAAUUGUGUCCUGCACCCCUCAGGGGAGAGCAGUGCUUGCAGGCUGGCAUCACCCAGCAGGUGCUAAACCCAGAUUUUGGGGUUCCCUUUGAAAAACACACACCAAAAGCUGCUGCAGGGAGGAUU